AUGGCUCGAUUUUCGCUCCUAGCGACUCUAGGGCUCUUCCUGGGUUUGGUUUGGACGGCUCUCGCAGCACCCCGAGUCUCCCAGAUCGGCAACAGCCUACUCGACAACAACGGGAUCUAUUUCGUCUCUUACGAUGGCCUCGUCAACGUCAACUCUUUCCAACUCUCCAACCUACUGACAUACGGGAACUAUCAAUACGCUGCUUGGUACACGUCUUCGAGGUUUGCUAUCCUCGCAAGACGACAGCUACCUAAUGGCGGCUGGCAGACACUCCAGCUCCCGCGACAGCUCUCAAGCAACAAUUCUCACAACGUUGUGGUGAUUGGAAUCUCGCCGGAGGAUGGGAGGAUUCACGUGGCUUUGGAUUGCCAUAGUUCCAGGGUCUUCUACACGGUGUCUGAGCCAGGUUUGGCUUUCAAUGGUAACUUGAGCUGGGUAUCGAGUCGUUUUGGAGGUAUUUCAAACAAUCUUGGAAAUUUGAAUGUUGGAACUCAAGUCACCUAUCCGCAAUUCGUGGUUACGCCCGACAACCUACUUCAAUUCGUCUAUCGCUCUGGCGUAUCGGGAAAUGGUGCGACCCAGCUGGCAGAAUACCGGAACGGAGUCUGGACAAACGUCGGGUCUUGGGCCACCAAUUCGGGAAGCUACAGCGCUCGGGGUGUCACGAGUAACGCGAGGAACCUCUACAUCCAUGGCUUUACGUAUAGGAAUGGGAGGCUUCAUGUCACUGGGACGUGGAGGGAGCAAGCUGGUGGUGUGAUGUGCAAUGGAGGCGGGUUGACGAAUCAUGAUACGGUCUACUUCUACUCUGAUGAUCGAGGAAGGAACUGGAGGAACAGCGGCGGAGCUCAUAUUGCCACGUCUGGGUCGAACCCCGUUAGGGUCAGCAGUCCUGGGAUCAUCGUCGAUCCAAUCAACGCAGAUCAUGGAUUGAUGAAUCAAGAAUCGCAAGACGUGGAUUCUCAAGGACAAAUCCAUGCCAUCAUUUCCUACGUUCCGGGUCGAUUCACCCAAUGCGUCACGAGUUAUCAGCGAGACCGCACCUCGUACGCACGGCCCUUCCACGUUUUCCGCUCCCCCAACGGCAGCUUCACCAAGCGCGAGAUCCCCUUCGCCCUCAACGCCGUCGGUCGCUCUCAAAUCGUAAUCGAUAAGAACGAUGAUAUAUAUGUCGUUCUUCCAUUUGUUCGAGUCGUUUCAGCUAGCAAGUCAAGUGGGUACACCGACUGGACGAUGGUCUUUGAUGGAGUGGCACAGGGCCUCAAUGCGUUUGGGGAGGUUACGGUUGACAGAGCGAGGAUGAGGGAGGAGGGGAUUCUCUCCGUCUUCUACCAGCUUCGGAGCUCAGGGAAUAACCCUUCGCAGGUCAGGGUUAUUGAUUUCGCUUUGAAUACAUAA